CGUCCGGCCUGGUGUGUGUGUGUCAGGUACCUCUCCGGAGAGUAUGUCUCGUCUUUUGGAGGAGCUUGCCCAGUACGGUACCUACUACCUGAGGCUGAGCCGCUUCUCGCUGCAGAGUGCUGACAAGAAGGGCCUGGUCUUCCAGGCGUUCACUGGAGGUCUGAGGAAGUACUUGCAUUACUACAGAGCGUGUGUUCUCAGCACGCCGGCCACACUGAGCCUGCUGACCAUUGGCCUCCUCUUCCGCAAAGUGGGCCGACAGCUCAGGUAUCUGUGGGAACUGUGCCGCGUUGACGAGCCUGCGGUUGCCGACCAGGCCUCCUUCCCUGUGGUUCGUGUCUGACUGGGUGUACAGAGGCGUUUUACGAGAUGUUUACAGAGAGUUCAUGAUCCAAGUCAAUAAAGAGUACCUCAGCGUGAGAGUUAUGUUUUUUCAGAUUAGUUCUGCCCAAACCACCUCUGUCUGCCUAGGACGGGGGUCAGCAACCCGCGGCCCUGGAGCCACAAGCGGCUCUCUAGCGCCGCCCUAGUGGCUCCCUGGAGCUUUUUCAAAAAUGUAUGAAAAUGGGAAAAGAUGAGGGAAAAAAAGGUUUUUUUUGUUUUAAUAUGGUUUCUGUAGGAGAACAAACAUGACACAAACCGUCCUAAUUGUCAGAAAUC